AUGACCACUCACAAGCUUAGAUGUUGUGCAAACUUCCUUGAGAACUCUAAACACCACUUUGCCAUGAUUGCUUUGCAAUUUGGCUAUGCCGGCAUGAACAUCAUCACCAAGGUUUCCCUCAACCGUGGCAUGAGCCACUAUGUUCUUGUUGUUUAUCGCCAUGCCUUUGCCACUGCUGUCAUAGCUCCAUUUGCCUUCAUCUUUGAAAGGAAAGCUCAACCAAGGAUAACAUUCUCAAUUUUCAUGCAAAUUUUCAUCCUAGCUCUACUUGGGCCUGUGAUUGAUCAAAACUUCUACUAUGCUGGGUUGAAAUUGACAUCACCAACCUUUUCUUGUGCAAUGAGCAACGUGCUUCCUGCAAUGACUUUUGUGAUGGCAGUUUUAUGCAGGAUGGAGAAGAUCAACAUGAAGAAGGUGAGGUGCCAAGCAAAAGUGGUGGGAACAUUGGUGACUGUGGGUGGGGCCAUGUUGAUGACCUUGUACAAAGGACCUGUAGUGGAGAUGGUUUGGACCAAACAUGCCCUUCAUCAGAGGCAAGCCAAUAAUGCAACAACAAAUGCCUCAACACCUUCUGACAGAGAUUGGCUCAUUGGCUCCAUCCUCCUAAUCAUUGCCACACUUGCCUGGGCAUCCCUCUUUGUUUUACAAGCCAAAGCCAUUGAAACCUACAAAAAUCACCAGCUGAGCCUCACUUCACUCAUCUGCUUCAUAGGCACCAUUCAAGCCACUGCUGUUACUUUUGUUAUGGAACACAAGGCAUCAGUGUGGACAAUUGGCUGGGAUAUGAACUUACUUGCUGCUGCCUAUGCUGGGAUUGUUACAUCAAGCUUAUCAUACUACAUCCAAGGAUUGGUAAUUAAGAAGAAAGGACCUGUUUUCGCAACUGCAUUUAGCCCUCUCAUGAUGAUCAUUGUAGCCAUCAUGGGUUCCUUUAUCCUUGCAGAACACAUUUUUCUUGGAGGUGUGCUUGGUGCCGUCUUGAUCGUUAUAGGGUUGUACUCAGUUCUUUGGGGAAAACACAACGAACAAGUGGAGAAUAUAGUGGUGGAGGAUAUUCCCUUGCCUUUGAAGGGUGCAAUGCUUGAAGCAAAUCCAGAUUCCAUUGAUCACAAAUCUGAUUCCAACAACAUCUCUUCACACAUUAUUAACGUGAACAAUGAACCUCCAUUCAAAUCUAACAAUUAA